GUGGGUAACACGCUGCCGCGCUUUGCGUCUCAAGCCAGAGACUUUCGAAGCCUGAGAUCAUCGCUCGAUCUUGCGCCACCGGCCGCCAUGGUGAAUGAAGGACCGCCGACCCCGGAGGCGGUCAAUGCAGCGAUGGAGGAUGUGCCCACAACGGGCCCCCUGGCGAGCAGCUACCGGCGCACCUUGCGGGAGAUGAAAAAGAAAGGCGCGGAUGUGGACCCCGAUGACCCUGUGCAUUUCAAGCUCUGCGGGGCCUUGCAGAAGCUGGGGCUCACCAAAAUUGACAUGCGCACGUUCAGAGAGUGGGCCGACAGAGUGACGCAGUUCGUCAAAGAAGAACGGGAGGUGUGGCUGGUGCAGAAAGAGGCUUUCCCGGAUGUGGGGAAGGACAAAAAAGUCAGUUUCUGGCUUCUCGGGCCCAGCGAGGCCCAGGGGGUCGACCACGACAGGGUGUGGGUGUUGGAUGCUCACGCCCCCACCGGGCCGUACAUGCGCGGGGCCAUCAGGCGCACGAUCGGUUGGAAAGCUACAAAGGACAGGGGCUCGAAAAAACCGCGCCUCGAGGAUGGCGACGCCCAUGCUUCGGGGCAGAGCUGCGGCGCCGAAGUCGCCGCAGGGUCCGGCCCAGCGGCGGCCCCGCAGGGCAUGGCACCGGCCCCGGCGGCUCUGGCAGCGGCUUCGUCGGGCAUGGCGCCGGGGGGGGCGGAGGCGAGCACAUGAAGAGGGAUUCGGAGAAAUCGUUUGCUGAUGAACUGUCCGUUGAGUCUAGGUAUUUCUUUCAAUACCUCGCCGAUUGGAUCUUGAAGGGGAAGACGCACGAGGUGAUCGGCCACUUCGCGCCGCUCUUCCGCGAGGCCAAGGAGCUGCACCCCGCCCUGGUCCCGAAGAUUGCGCAGGCGAUCUGCAGCAUCGGCGAAGUGGACCUCCUGGGGCAGUUUUCGGGCUCAGAGAGCGAGCUCGAGAAGUACGGCCUUCCGCCGAAGCACAUCUCUGCCCUUGCUGGGAGCCCGUUCCUGGCUGGCUUCCGGAAGGCCCGGUUCGAGGCGCAAUUCGCCCUGGCGAAGACAGCCAGCUCGUGGCGCGGCGCGGCGCCGGGCCCGGCUGCGGAGCAGCCCGGCGGCGAGCAGCCAGGCGGCGAGCAGCCGGGCGGCGAGCAACCCGACGGCGAGCAGCCCGGCGGCGUGCAGCCCGGCGGCGAGCAGCCAGGCGGCGAGCAGCCAGGCGGCGAGCGGCCCGGCGGCGAGCAGCCAGGCGGCGAGCAGCCAGGCGGCGAGCAACCAGGCGGCGAGCAGCCAGGCGGCGAGAGCGACGGCUCGGCCGCUUUGCAGGCGGGCAACGCGGACAGCAGGGCCAGGCUGGAGCUGAUCAUCUCGCUGCUCGGCAACGCGCAGGCGGACGAGCAGCAGAAGAAGGAGCUGGAGUUUAAGGCCAUGAUGACGAAUUCGCCCGGGCCCAGGCUGGCGCAUCUCAUGAAAAUGGCCCUGGGCGAGUUCAGUUUGCUCGAGGCGUGGUUCCCCGGGGGCCCGGACCAGGUGGUUGGGCUGCUGCUAAAAGGCGUUCGGUACAAGGAUUGCGCAAUCCAGAACGUGGUCAACGCCAUCCAGCACGUGGUCAAGGGCGGCGCGCAGGAAUCGUUGGUGACUCCCGUGGUUCGUGGCUUGGGGGCUCUGCACGUCCGCCCGAACGAGCUCCAAGCGAAGGAGCCCAAGGACAUGGUGGAGCCAGGGAUGGGGCCCCUGGACAACCGCGAGGGCCGGCAUCGAUCCCAGGAGCAGCGCUCGAAGUUCAUGGCAAGCAUCUUCGCGGAGGUGGCCUCCCUCCGGCUCGGCGCUGUUGGCUUCACCAGCAACGCGCGGGAUUGCACGGGCAUCCCGUCGAAGAUGUUGCAGGAGGUGCACGCCAUGGCGAGCUCCGCGGUGCCGCUCGUCACGCCUGACAUGCCGGCCCACGCGCUCAUGUGGUGUCACCGCCGGGUGGUCGAGGAGCUGGAGGCCAAGAAAAAGUCGCAGCAGGAGCUGGCCAACGAGACGGCGGGCGAGCCGAAGCAGGGGGUGACCGAGGCGGCGAAGCCAGACGGGGCGCCGGCGACGGGCGGCCCGGGCUUGAGGCGCGUGCGCCCCAGUCGGGCGCGACCGGGGGCGGGGCCCCGAAGAAACACCAGACGGAGCCGGAGGUCAUCGCUGUGGGCGACAUCGUGAUGAUCACGAAGUCCCCGAAGGAGCCUCUGUUGUGGCUGAACAAGAAGGCGCGCGCGGCGAAGCUCAUCCCGGGCCAGGGCCAGGCGAGCAUCCUCAUGCUGGAGGGGAGGAAGAAGGACGAGAAGACGACGAGGCUGAUUGAUAAUCUGAAAAAGGUGGCCGCGGAGCCCCCGGCAGCGGGAGGCGGCGGGGCCGGCGCUGCCGAGGCGGGCGCGUCCGAACCGUUCGCCGACGCAGCUUCCGAGGCGACGGCGGUGUUCGGCGCGGAGCCGCCUUUCGGAGUGGACGGGGAGUCCUGAGCGAGGAUUCUGGAGGAUUGCGCAUUGGCCCCUGGUGCGCGAGGUAGCGCUGGCGCCUAUGGCGCGCCAGCAGUCCCGCGGCCUCGAGAGCGGGCGCCCCGUGGCAGUGUUCGCAGCGGAUGUGCGGCGCAAAGGAUCUCGGCUUGAGCUGUGCUUGGCGCGGUUGCCCCGCAGAAAAAACACCGAGGCCGGCGGGGUCCGGCGGGCGAUGGCGGAAUAAAUUCAGGCGGCGGCCGGCGGAA